AUGCAUUUUUUAUCGAAUUGUCCUUGAGCUAUCAUGGCGGAUCCCGAUGAAAUCAAAUUCAUCGCAUAGUCAUCGUUAAAUUAGGCGCCGAAAAUGGUAUUCAGCGCCUAAACGAUUAGGCGCUGAAAGCGCGCCUAACCAGUGGACGGCGACCUGAGUCUGAGCUUGUUCUGAGCGAAACGACAAACCAGUUUUUAUUAAUUAGUGGUUGCAUUCUAUUCCUUCCAACGAGGGUCCGGCGCAUUUUCGACGAAACUGCCGCACGCAUUUUCUUGUGUUCGCUGCUGAAGAUAGGGGAUCAUUUUCGCCUUUAUUUGACUACACUACAAAGUAAGAUAGAAGCUUAGUGCCAUGUCAGCUAGUGAAACAAAAGGAAAUAAAUCUGAUCAUUCUAUAAAACUGCCAUAUUUGUACAAAGAAGGUUCCAAAAUUCUUCAGUCAUAUGCAGAAAAGAAAGGAAGCUUGAAGAGUCUUGUUUAUGCUACCAGACAAGAAAGACUGUACAAGCGGCUGCUGGCGCUGGUAUGUCGCGCCGUGGACAACCAGCCGGCGGUGGACGCGGCGCUGAAGGCUGUCGGCCUGCUGGCCGCCGAGCCCGGCCUGGCGCUCAGCACGGCGCGCCUGCUGACGGCUGAGCUGCUGUUCGGCGCCGGCCAGCUCAGCUCUGAGGCGCGGCCCGUCGUCACCGUGCUGCGGUACGCCGACCGACUGCGCGCCGCCGCCGCCGCCGCGCCGGCGCCGGCCGCCGACCGCCGAGCCCCGCUGCCGCGCUACGCCCGCGUCAACACUCUGCUGGCCACUGUUGAUGACGUCAUCCAGCAGCUGACUACCGAGGGCUGGGAACGAGUGAAGUACCCGCCCACCCUCACUUAUGAUGGUUUCAUCUCCCAGGUCAAGUCGCUGUCUGAGCGCCAGUUUCUGGUGGACCUCCACGUGCCCUGUCUGCUGGUGUUCCCGCCGGGGACGGAGCUGCACCGUCACCCCCUGUACCGCGGCGGUCAGCUCAUUCUCCAGGAUAAGGCCAGCUGCCUUCCGCCGGUGGUACUGGCACCCACUCCCGGGGAGUACGUGAUUGACGCGUGCUCGGCGCCCGGCAUGAAGACAUCGCAGCUGGCGGCCAUGAUGGAGAACAAGGGGACGCUGGUGGCCGUGGAGAGGGACCGGGCCCGCUUCGGCACCCUCUCGACCAUGCUGACCAAGGCCGGUGUCUCUAACGUCAAACUGGUGAACGGUGACUUCCUGAAGCUGCGGCCGGAGGACCACCCGCGCGUCACCGCCAUCCUACUGGAUCCCUCCUGCUCCGGCACUGGGAUGGUGAGCAGGGAGCCAGAGGAAGCGCCCUCUGAGGAGCGGCUCCGGCGGCUCUCCAACCUGCAGGCCAUGCUGCUGCGGCACGCGCUCAGCUUCCCGGCUGUACGGAGGGUGGUGUACUCUACCUGCAGUGUCACAGAACAGGAGAACGAACAGGUGGUGGCCGACACCCUGGCCGCCCACCCGGGCUGGCGUCUGGCCGCCGCCGCGCCUGCCACCUGGCGGGGCCGUGCCCGAACUACGCUGCCCGGUGGGGAACUGUGCAUCCGCGCCGACCCCACAGAAGAUCUCUGUCACGGCUUCUUCGUGGCCGCCUUCGAGAAGGUUCCGGAAGGCGAAGAAGGCUUGAAUGGGCGGGAAGGGAAGAAAGCAAGGAGGAAGGGAGGCGAAAAGAGGAAAAGUGCGGAUAGCGUGAUGGAAAUCAGUGCUAACGGGGAAGGCGAAGAUCCGAAACCUGCGAUGAAUGGGCAUGUAGAUGAUGGGGCACCGAAACAGAAGAAAAAGAAGAGGAGCCUAAGCAAGUCAUCGCAGGGAGGCGACGCUGGCGCCAAAGCACUGGUGGAGGCAGGCGCAGAGAAACAACCCUCGCCUAUGGCAGGAAACGAGAAGUUCAAUGGUGCUCCAAAUGAAGCAAAAAAGAAGAGAAAAAGGAAGCAGAAACCCAAGAAGUCGGUAAGUGAGGGUGACGAAGAAUCAACAAAAGAAACCGGUGGUGAGAAAACGCUGACGGGUGCUUCGUUGGAAACAAAAGAGCCUGUAGAAGGAAACCGGAAAAAGAAGAAACAGAAGAAGCGGUCGAACCAGCAGGUGUCAAAUCGAGCUAGUAACGGUAAGGCGAGCGAAGUAGGUGAUGCGUCAGUUCAAGAUAUCUCGUUCCAGAGAGGACGGGAGAAACGCGGAAUCAGUGACGCUGAUGCGAAGGAGGCAGCCCACAGCGUUCCGGCAAAACGGCGCAAAAGCGAGGGAACAGGGACCAAAGUUCUCAAAGCUGGGAAAUACAAGAAAUCGGGAAGGCUGUCAAAGAAGAGGCGGAACAGGCUGAAGCACGCCGCCGCCCUCGCUAAGUAGUUUAAGAUGAGAGCUCUUUCUACGAGGUGUUACGUGUCCAGAGGCUGUUUUCGUUGACGAAAAGUCCGUCUUUUGUUUAAAUAUGAAUACAGAUUUGUGACCAUUC